GAAACCAAACGAAACGCGCCGCUCCGUCGCCGAACACUCAUACGCGAGAGCUCGAAUCCGCGCGGCGCUGCUGGGGUUAGGGUUUGGCCUUCGUAGAACCCCCCGUCCUCACGCGAUGCUCUCCGUUCGCGGCGGGGGCGUCGCCGCCGCCGGGGCCGAACAGCGUGGGAUACACCCGCACCCUGAUCAUCCCACUCCGUGGCUGCGGCAACACCUCGGUGCGGCGAUCAACUCCCUGCCCCAGAAUCCCCUGGAAGGUUCAGUUGACGAGGACGCGCACCUCGGGAUCGCGCAGCAGAGUUACAACGCAGGGGAUUACAGGGCGGCGCUGGAGCACUGUAAUGCCGUGUACAUGGUGAAUCCUAGGCGGUUGGAGAAUCUCCUGCUGCUCGGGGCUGUCUAUUACCAGCUGCGAGAGUUCGACAUGUGCAUCGUGAGGAAUAGCGAGGCCGUUCAAAUCCAACCAAAUUUCCCCGAAUGCGUCAAUAACAUGGCGAAUGCAUGGAGGGAGAAAGGCGAUAUUGAUUGUGCCAUCCAGUUAUAUGACCAUGCAACUAAGCUCCGACCCACCUUCGCUGAUGCAUGGGCAAACUUGGCGAACGCUUAUACUCGAAAAGGGAAUCUCAGCAAGGCAGUAGGGUGCUACCAUCAGGCUAUUGCACUGAAUCCUCGUCUGGUUGACGCAUAUUGCAACCUCGGUGACGUGUUGAAGGCGCAAGGAUUGUAUAGUGAUGCAUACAACUGCUAUGUGAAUGCUCUAAGUGUAGAACCUAGUUCUGCAAAUGCAUGGUACUACAUUGCUGGACUUUUCAUGCAAUGGGGGGAUCCCAGUAAGGCAGUUCUCUACUAUAAGGAAGCAAUCAAAUACAAGCCAUCAUUUUAUGAUGCACACCUAAACUUAGGCAAUCUUUACAAGGCGGUUGGGAUGCACCAGGAUGCAAUUGUCUGCUAUCAGAAUGCAGUUCGGGCAAGUCCAGACAAUGAUAUAGCUUAUGGCACUCUUGCUAACACCUACUAUGAACAAGGCCAAUUGGAUCUUGCCAUCCGAAGUUAUAGACAAGCCAUCAAUUGCAAUUCAUCUUAUGUUGAAGCAUACAAUAAUCUGGGAAAUGCUCUAAAAGAUGCUGGAAAGAGUGAUGAGGCGAUUGGUUGCUAUGAGAAAUGCCUUGCUCUUCAACCUAGUCACCCUCAAGCUUUGACAAACCUUGGAAAUGUUUAUAUGGAGAGGAACAUGAUGGACGUAGCGGCUUCACUUUACAUGGCAACACUUACAGUUACAACUGGACUGUCUGCACCGUACAACAAUUUAGCAAUAAUUUACAAACAGCAGGGAGAGUAUGACCGUGCCUUAACAUGUUAUAAUGAAGUGCUCCGCAUUGAUCCUACGGCCGCUGACUGCCUUGUCAAUAGAGGCAACACGUUGAAAGAAACAGGCAGAGUUAGUGAAGCAAUUCAAGACUAUUUCCGGGCUAUCGCAAUCAGACCAGCAAUGGCUGAAGCUCAUGCAAAUUUGGCAUCUGCUUAUAAAGACACGGGGCUAUUGGAGGCAGCAAUUGUCAGUUACAGGCAUGCCUUGCAAUGUCGUGGAGAUUUUCCAGAAGCUACUUGUAAUCUCUUGCACACUCGACAGUGUGUUUGUGACUGGGAUGAUCGGGAGGAGAAGUUCAUAGAGGUAGAGGGGAUCAUCAGACGGCAUAUAAAGAACUCCCUUCUCCCAAGUGUACAACCGUUCCAUGCUAUAGCUUACCCGCUUGAUCCAACUCUUGCACUAGAAAUCAGUAAAAAGUAUGCAGCUCAUUACUCCAUGGUUGCAUCACGUUUUGGGCUUCCUAAGUUCAUGCACCCCUCUGGUGUUCCUGUUAACACAGGCGAUAGAACUUCACGACUUCGAAUUGGAUAUGUUAGUAGCGACUUUGGCAAUCAUCCUCUGUCUCACCUUAUGGGCUCUGUAUUUGGAAUGCACGACCAAGACACUAUAGAGGUUUUCUGUUAUGCCUUGAGCAAAGAUGAUGGUACAGAAUGGAGGCAGCGUAUUCAAUCUGAAGCAGAGCAUUUCAUUGAUGUGUCAACGAUGUCGUCUGAUAUGAUUGCUAAAGUUAUCAAUGAAGAUAAGAUACAGAUCCUUAUAAAUCUUAAUGGCUACACGAAGGGUGCACGAAAUGAAAUUUUCGCUAUGCAACCAGCCCCAAUCCAGGUUUCUUACAUGGGAUUUCCUGGGACCACUGGUGCGAGUUAUAUUGAUUAUUUGGUUACUGAUGAGUUUGUCUCUCCACUGAAGUUUUCGCAUAUAUACUCAGAAAAGCUUGUGCACCUUCCCCACUGUUACUUUGUGAAUGACUACAAGAAGAAAAAUCAAGACGCUCUUGAUCAAGUUUGCCCACACAAGCGAGCUGACUAUGGUCUGCCAGAGGACAAAUUUAUUUUUGCAUGCUUCAAUCAGUUAUACAAGAUGGACCCAGAUAUAUUCGGCACCUGGUGCAAUAUUGUCAAGCGUGUACCAAACAGUGCAUUGUGGCUAUUGAGAUUUCCACCAGCUGGAGAGAUGAGAUUGCGUGCAUAUGCAAUCUCAAAAGGAGUAAGAGCAGACCAAAUCAUAUUCACGGAUGUUGCUGCCAAAAGUGAGCAUAUCAGACGGAGUGCUUUGGCAGAUCUAUUUCUUGACACCCCUCUGUGUAAUGGCCACACUACUGGUACAGACAUAUUAUGGGCUGGCCUCCCAAUGAUUACUCUUCCACUAGAGAAAAUGGCGACCAGGGUGGCGGGCUCGCUCUGUCGAGCUACUGGAAUUGGGGAAGAGAUGAUAGUCAGCAGCCUGAAAGAAUACGAGGAAAGGGCGGUCUUUCUAGCCAAAAAUCCAUCAAAACUUCAAGCUCUUACUAACAAGCUCAAGGCUGUUCGAAUGACCUGUCCUUUGUUUGAUACAUCUCGAUGGGUAAAGAAUCUGGAUAGGGCAUAUCUGAAAAUGUGGCACCUGUAUUGCUUGGGUAGGCAUCCUCAACACUUCAAAGUGCUUGAAGAUAAUACUCAAAUAGUCAAUUCCCCUUAGCAGGAGUUAGCAGGCGAUGUUAAUAUUACAUGAGGUAAGUAUGUCAACAUAAGUUAAACUGGAGUAAAAGGACUGGUUAAAAGGAACUGGACCUGCAAGAGGUAACACCUGCAUCUAUUCACCUUCUUAAGGAGUAAACUGACAAAACAUGUCCAUGUGAAAAAUCUUGGAGAUCAAACAAUACUGGUAGUGUUUUUUACAAAACAAACAUGCACCAGCUGGCUGCACUCCUAGUGGAUCCUAGCCUUUUGUGAACCAAAGUGUGACUUCCUGAGUUCGGAAUAAUGUUUUGAGCUGAGCGUUGGACGUUUCUAGACAUUAUCUACAGUCAAACAGCAUGCAGAAUCGUGUGUCUUCUCUUAUGCAGCCUGUGUGGAGACGUGUGAUCUGGUCUGCUAUCGUGGAUUCUGGGCCCUGAAAUCGGGUGCAAUUUUCGCUGCUGUUGAUUUCUCUUAUUCGGCUACUAACUUUUGAACUAGAUAUGCAGAUUUCUCGUUGCUCGAGCUGGAGCACCGAGGACGUCCUGAUGCUUGUCAGCGUGCAUCAGCUUUCUGUGGGAAUUUGUUUUGUUCAGCAUUGGAUGGUAGCCGCGUGGCUCUUCUGCCUCUGCCCUUGAAACUCUCCCUCUUCUGCAGGCUCUAACUUGUUUGCAGGUUGUUCAUUCUCAGUUGUCCGAAACUGGUUUUUGCCAGUUUCGGAUUUUGAGUGUCUCCGCUACUAGUAGGAUUUUGAGUGUCUUUGCCGUUUCGAAGAUAUAUGGACAUGCAGCCAGGCAGAAGGGCGCCGUGGCAAAGUGGGAUGCAGUGCUUCCGAUAGGACGAAGAACGGUGGUGUUCACUUCUACCCGUCAUGAGUAUCACAAAGGAACCUAAUAUAAUUAGUAAGUGCUGGAAUAACUGAACCAUCAAUCCUCAUGCCAAAAACCCGCGGCAGCAGAAUACAUCAAUGAAUCUUCAUAGAUGCUGUUUCUAACUA